AUGCCUCCUCCGGCUGAUGCUUCACACAUCCCUGUUCCAGAAGAGGCCACGAGCAGUGUUGCGGGGACAACAUCCCUGCCGUGGUCUAGUAUCCCAAAGUUCAUUCCUGGAACGACCAACGUCCAGGAAUAUACUCAGAAGAUGAAAUUCAUCGCCAACAUUUGGCCAACUGAGCAUUUAGAAGCUCUUGCUCCACGUGCCGCCCUGAUGGUCGAAGGGGCGGCUUUCCACAAGGUCAUGAGGAUUCCUGCCGAGAAACUCAAGGUACACUUUGAAGACUUGUUGGCCCGCGGAACGACCUUGGAAGAGAUUCGAGCGUAUGUUCUCCUUCGGCAGUCGACAUUGUCUCCGGAGGAUCGCAAGAAGAUCGUGCUCGACCAGGGUGGACAGCUCAAGUACGCUGAGGUCACCAAGGCAUUUCGCCUUUUGGGCAGCCGAUUCUUUCAGGAUCUUCAAGGCUCCAAGGUCACAAAGACCAAAGUUUACGAUGCUCACCUGACCGAAUGUGACAGCGAACCGGCCUUUGCUGCCUCUCAAGAGUUGGAAUCCGGGGUAUCGCAUCCGGCGUCUUCGACGGAAGCACUCACAUUCUUGACUGCGUUGGACGAUCCAGAUCUUGAAGGAGAGUUUAUUGAAGCCAUGAUCGCCCAGAACGAUGAGGACGCCCAAGCAGUACAACAGUUCGAACAUGAACUGGAAGAGUUUCUGCAGGACGCCCCUACAAUGCAUGAAGCAUUGGUGACAUACAUGGAUGCGAGAUCACGACUUCAAGACAAACGGAAGACCCGAGGAUUCUGGCCAGUUCAGAGCUCCUUUUCACAUGCCUCCAAAGGAGGCAAGAAAGGCAAAUCUGGCAAGGGAGGUGGAAAGGGCAAGAGGCGUGAACAGCUUCUUGCUCGGAUUGCUCGCUCACAUUGCAGGGCGUGUGGUGAGAAAGGGCAUUGGCGUGCUGAGUGUCCAAACAAGACAUCCGGAUCAUCUCAGUCAUGCGAAAGCGCAAAUCUGGCCGAAGCUCCAUUGACCGGAGAUCUCCAGACCAUCCCCGAGAGUGAUGGUGUGCUGGAUGACGACAUCCUGGAGGUCUUCUCAGAUGAUUCUCAGGAAUAUACUCACCAAGAGAACUUUCAUGUCCAGAAUCAUCGCGCCUCGUCACCUGUCAGGACCAAGCCGGACAUUGAAUCCAACCGAUCCCGCGACGCCACGAUGAACAAUAGCUUCAUCGCUCAGGCCGACCAUUCGGCCUCUCAUGCCAUCCUGGACACCGGUGCCUCUAGAUGUGUAAUUGGUUCGGUGAACUUGAAUCAUUUUCUAGAGGGCUUGCAACCCGACAUCCGACAAGCCAUCAAGAGAGUUGAUAGCAAAGUCAAAUUUCGUUUUGGCAACGGUGAACAUUUGACCAGCGAGUGCAAAGUUUUGCUGCCACUCCAGUCUGGCGAAGACCAGAAACGCCUAGAGAUGCCAACGAGGGCCGAGAUGGUGGUGGCGAUUCGACAAGUGUCGGAGGUCGUGAUCCAAGUCCUUUCCAUGCUUCUGCAUUGUUCUCUCCAAGUCAUGGAGAGCUCUCCGGCAGAGGAGGAACUGCCGAUGCCGAUGCAAGAAGUCACAGGUCAAUUUCAGACCAUGUUGGGGGAACUCCAGCACCAGCGCUCGAUCCUGGAAACCAUGAUGGAACAAGUGGUGGUGAAGAAGAAUCAAGAUUCACCACACUCCGCAGGCAAUCCAGGUCCCUCAACUCGACAGCCUCCGUCUCCGAGCAAGGCACCUGGCCUUUCCGAAGCAUCCUGGGAAGUUUUGGAAGACGAGGAGAUUUUGGCUCAGUCUCUGCACCAAGCCAUUCAGCAGCGGCAAAAGCAGGCAGCCAUGACAGGGAUGCCGACAAGUCGUCCGUCUCAGGCCGCCGCCGCAUCAUCCAGUCCACCAACGACCUCAGGCCUUUCAGAUCCUGUGAACCAAGCUGUACAGAUCGAACAGACUCCGAUCACGAAGACCCCAUUGCCUCCAGCACUGGCCCUCUGGGGCACCAAGGUCAUCAACUGGGGCAAAAAGCACAAGGGUCACAUGUACAGCAAUGUCAGGAUCGAAGACCCAGGAUAUGUUCAAUGGCUGAUUCAGAGAUUCGGAAGCCUGAUUCCGGAGCAAAAGGACUACGUAUCGUACGUCCGAGCCAUGACCACCUGGGAUCAGCAAGGAGAAGACCAGGGGACCUGCCUAUUGGCCGAAGAUGGAUUUUCAUACAUCCACGAUCCCAUGAUGCCAACCGAAGAACAAGCCUUCCACCUUGAGAUUGCACUGACCGAGCGGGACAUCGACUUGUGGCUAAAGGAGGCCAAUCCAGAGCAAUUGGCUCACGUGGCCACGGUCGGAAAGAGGGCACGUGCGGAGGUCAAGCUCCAUACCUUGACCAAUGCCGAACGACUUUUGUUUGAUGCUGCCAAGGAUAAAGAGCUGUCUUGCUGGAUCCAAACUAACGCAAUACGUCCGAUCUUGAGACAACGGCUCAACCCCGAGCAGAUUCUACAAUCCCGAUGGGUAUUGGUUUGGAAGGAGGGCGACAGCCCAUCUCAAAAGUCGGAGGACUCAGGACUCACGCCGCCUGCCAUAAAGGCUCGAGGCGGGACGGGAUCGGGAGCCUGUGUCUUGGAGGAAAAGGCACGAGCCAUAGCGGCGAGGCGGCUGCUGGUGGACCUUGGGAAGGUCCUGGAG